AUGGGAGGGACAUCAGGACUGCAGAACAGCCAGCAGAGGACGGUGAACCCCAUGGGCUCAUUUGCACAGAGUGUUGGCGGAUCACAGCCCGCUGCUCCUCUUGACCUAUCGCCGUUUUCUCUCUUUACUUUUCCUUCUCUUUUCUUCAACCUCCAGCUUUCAAGCACACUACUCUCCCCCUUAUUGCUGGUUGUUGAUAUCCUCACCAUGAGGGCAGAUACCAAAUUCGGCCAUUCCGGGCGUACCUACAAGGAUCUCAGGCAAGAUGCCGUGCUGACUCUCGAUCUCUCGUCUCUUAGCGAAUUUCCCUCUCUCUCCAGCGGACCGCAGAACGCGACUCCAACACCCGGGCAAGCUAUCUGGGGCAACGCAGGCCAGCGUACCAUUCAGCAGAGUCUUGGACAGAGACAGCCACAGGCUCCUGUUCCCCCUCAAGCUCCCUCGCGGGAAUCACAGCUCCAAGCUCAGCAGUCUCAAUCUCAGUCCCACGACGAUCAGUUCCCCUCAACAACGCAGUUUGUCACGCAGCUUGAUGACUUCCGAAACGGCGUCCAGGCCAUGGGCCAAAUGCCAAGUGGAAACCAACCACAAGCUGGUAAUGUCGACGACUUUCCACCUCUGAGCAAACAGUCUGAUCAAGGCGGGGCAGUUGCGAAUUAUGCUGGUUCUAUGGGAUUUACUGGGUUUUCUGCCCAGACGCGUUCUUCUCUUGGAAACCAACAAGACACAAGUAGAAUUGCGUCUCCUGCCGGUGCUGGUGCACCUGGCACUUCAGGACUGCGAUUACCGGCUGGCCAAAACCAAAAUGGUAUAAUUGGGCAAGAUCACGAGGACAACGCUCAAUCAUCCAUGAUGAACCAACGCGGCAUGGAGCAGAUGCAGCAGAACCAGGGCCAGAUUCAACCAUCGCGUCAGCAACAGCCGUCACAGGCAGAUAACGAGAAUCAUGAUCCUUCACGAGCCGGCCAGACGGCCGAGCAGACAUCCCUUUCCCAGAUGAGCGAACAUGACCGAUUUGGUCUAGCCGGUCUUUUGCGCAUGAUCCACAGCGAUAGCCCAGACGUUGCCAGCCUUGCAAUCGGUCAAGAUCUAAUGAGCCUGGGAUUGGAUCUUAACCAGCCAGAACCCCUGCACCAAACAUUUGCAUCACCAUUCAUUUCAUCCAACGUGUCAGUUCCGUUACGCCCGGACUUUACGCUUCCUGCAUGCUAUAAUGUAGCCAAUGUCCAGCCUCUGCAGAGCCGUAUACCCAGCUUCAGUGAUGAGACCUUGUUCUACAUAUUCUACAGCAUGCCACGUGAUAUCAUGCAAGAACUAGUCGCAGAAGAGUUGAUGGGGAGAAAAUGGCGAUACCACAAGGUCGAACGUGCGUGGCUGACCCGCGACGACAGCUACCCGAGCCCCGUUGAGGUGGAGAGGGGCAUCAGCGAGCGUGGUGUCUACCUGUGGUGGGAUACCAGCACCUGGAAGAAGGUUAGACGCGAGUUCAUUCUCCGAUAUGCUGAUCUGGACAACCGCCUUGAUCCCGGCAGGAACUUUCUGCGAGGCAUGCCUUUCCCCCAGGCGACUUGA